AUGCCUCCUCUCCCCUCCCUUCCACUCCGCUGGCAGCACCUCGCAGCACGCUCGGGACGGCUCUAUCGCGUCGUGCCACACAGAUCGCGGUGCCUGAUCACAGCCCGGACAUUGCAGCAGUCCACUGAGCGUCGAGAGUCGACAGCGCGCCCAGUCCGAGCCGACCAGCAGCAACAAUUGCAACCUGUGCCGGACGAAAGAGACAUUGCGCAUGACGUGGGAAUCCCAUCGAGCGGGCGUCCCGAACCUGACGCUGCACCCAAGUGUCCACCAUUUCUCCAGGAACCCCGCCGGUUGAAGGAAGUACGUACUCCCUAA